AGACUCCUUCACAUCUGUCCACACUCCUGACCAUAAGUAGGUCGCUGACUGUGACCAGCAGGAAAGAAGACCAAAGGGGACUCCUUGCUUUCUUGCCCAGGAAAGAGUGGAAACCGGUGUUGAUGAUUCUUGCCCCAGCCCAGAGAUAAUACUCUCCAGCUGAGUCAAGAAAGAAGCUGGGAAAGACUGGAUGGGAAAGCAGCAAUGGAGGUUGGCAUGGAUCCUAAGGUCUCCUCUGAGAAUCAUCAGAAGAUCCUGAUGGAGGAAGAAGAUGAACCAAGAGAGGAGCCCAAUGAUGAUGGAGCUGAUGACCCAGAACACUCCAGUGAGAACUUUCUUAGGCUCAGCAAUAUUAUGGCAGAAGAUAGCCACAUACAGAAGAGGCUGGAAUUACAAAAUGGUAGCUUAGAGGAAGGAUUUGUGGUACGUUCCCUGGAGAAUGAGCCCCAAAACAUGAUGGAGAGCCUAAGCCCGAGGAACUAUUCAUCCAGUCUGAAGUUUAAAGCCAAUGGGGACUAUUCUGGCUCAUAUUUAACCCUCUCACAGCCCAUGUCUUCCAAGAGAAGCCCUUCUCCUUUGGGCACUGGUGUCAGGAGCAGUCCCUCCUUGGCCAAAAUCCAGGGAAGCAAACAAUUCGGUGACGGAACUGACAAAAAUAUUUCCAUGAAACCUCCUACUUCGUUUCUCAGCUCGGCAGCUUCUCUUGGAGGCUAUCCCCUUGGGAGAGCAGAUUUGGAUCAUUACACUGGUCGGGACAUGGAGAGGUCCUCCAGGCUCUCAGAGAAGCCUCCCUAUUCUAGAUACAGCUCUAGGAAUAAAUCACAUGACAACGUCUACUUUCUCGGGGGGCUGGAAGGAAGAAAAGCAUCUGGCUCACUCCUGACCAUGUGGAAUGGAGGUUCAUCGAGUGGGGCUGGCUCCGUGCCCAUCAGCAGAUCUGGGGCAGCGAGUAUGCCUUCAAGCCCAAAGCAAGCCAGGAAGAUGAACCUUCAGGACAACUUGAUGCUUCCGCCCAGGUUAACCAGGCACAAGGAGGCAGCCUCUGAAAACAUCAGUGUGAGAGCAAGGAAAUAUUCAGGGAGCAGCCUGAGCAAUAUGGGUGCCUACAGCCGAUCGCUUCCCAGGUUGUAUAAAGCCACAGAUAACCAGAUGUCGCCUCUCAGCCUCCCUCCAAGAAAUUCCCUAGGCAAUUCCAAACGGGGUCAGUUAGUAGAAAAGGAUCUACCUCAUAGCAUCGUGGAUAGUGACAAUUACCUUAACUUUUCUUCUCUAAGCUCAGGGGCUUUACCCUAUAAAACCUCUCUGUCUGAGGGAAACCCUUACGUAAGUUCCACCCUCAGUGUCCCUGCCAGCCCUCGAGUGGCUCGGAAGAUGCUUCUGGCCUCCACCUCCUCAGAUGAUUUUGAUAGGGCUUCAUACUCAGGGACCAGCCCAAGUCACUCCUUCAUUGCUGGAGAACCGGACCGAGUGCUUGUGGCCAAGAGGAACUUCUCCUGUGGAUCUGUGGAGUUUGAUGACUCUGAUCUGGAAAGCCUAAGACUGUCCUCAGAAACUCCACAGCCUGUCCUUCGAGAACGGAAAAGUAGCAUCAGCUCGGUCUCGGGACGUGAUGACCUGAUGGAUUAUCACCGACGACAGAGGGAGGAGAGACUCAGGGAGCAGGAGAUGGAGCGACUGGAGCGGCAGCGGUUGGAGACCAUCCUCAGUCUCUGCGCUGAGUACACAAAGCCCGAGAGCCGCCGCCUGUCCGCUGGCACCACGGUGGCUGAUGUGCAGAAAAUCAACAAGGAGCUUGAGAAGCUGCAGCUGUCCGAUGAGGAGUCUGUGUUCGAGGAGGCUCUGGUGUGCCCCGACACCAGGUACAGGUGCCACCGGAAGGGCUCUCUCCAGGAUGUUGACAUGGCAGGCUUUGGGAGCCUUGGUCACAGUGCCAGCUUCCUGGCCUCCAGGAGCGGCAGGAACGAUGAUCUGCUUGGUGACCUCACCAGGACGCUCCCAUCAUCCUCGGCUGCGUUUCUGAAAGCAUCCAAUGAGUCCUCCUACCUCAGCAUCCUACCGAAGACCCCAGAGGAUAUAGGUGAGGAACAGAGGACUCAGGAGUUGGCUGCCAUGGAAGACGCCCGGAUGGUGAUUCUGAACAACCUUGAGGAACUUGAACAGAAAAUCAAAGAUAUAAACGACCAAAUGGAUGAAUCUUCCAGAGAGUUGGAUAUGGAAUGCGCCCUUUUGGAUGGAGAGCAGAAAUCCGAGACGGCCGAGCUCGUGAAGGAGAAGGAGAUUCUAGAUCACCUAAACCGGAAAAUCACAGAGCUCGAAAAGAACAUCGUAGGUGAAAAGACCAAGGAGAAGGUAAAGCUUGAUGCUGAAAGGGAAAAGCUAGAGAGGCUUCAGGAGCUGUACUCGGAGCAGAAGACGCAGCUGGACAAUUGUCCUGAGUCCAUGAGGGAGCAGUUACAGCAACAACUCAAGAGGGAUGCUGACCUGUUGGAUGUGGAGAGCAAACACUUUGAAGACUUGGAAUUCCAGCAGCUUGAGCACGAGAGUCGCCUGGAUGAGGAAAAGGAGAACUUGACUCAACAGCUCCUGCGGGAGGUGGCGGAGUACCAGCGAAACAUUGUAGCCAGGAAGGAAAAGAUUUCUGCAUUGAAAAAGCAAGCCAGCCACAUCGUUCAGCAGGCUCAGAAGGAACAAGAUCACUUUGUGAAAGAAAAGAACAAUCUAAUAAUGAUGCUCCAGAGAGAAAAGGAGAACCUCUGUCAUUUGGAGAAGAAGUACUCCAGCCUCACUGGUGGGAAAGGAUUUCCCAUUAACCCCAAUACUCUGAAGGAGGGCUAUAUCAGUGUAAAUGAGAUUAAUGAGUCAUGUGGCAAUUCCACGAAUCUAUCCCCUUCCACUCAGUCCCCUGCUGAUGCUGCCGCUGCUGUCACUGAGCCUGCCUCGGCUGUGCCGGUGAGCCAGCCCCAGAGUUCAGAGCAAAGGUCAGCUGUCUAUUCUGGAUUUAUGUUUCCUUCCACCCUUUCUCCUCAUCCUGUCACUCAACCUUCAUCAGCCCCUUGGCCUGAAGUCAUGGCUCCAUCUGUUGAUCCUUUCCCUUUAAAUGACACACCUCCUCCUCUGCCAGCUAAGAAACACAGGAGGCAACAGCAGCAGGAGCAACAGCACUUUAGAAGUCUGGAAGAAAGGAAAAAACAGCACAAAGAAGGCCUCUAUCUGAGUGACACUUUGCCUCGAAAGAGAACCACACCUUCCCUCUCCCCACACUUCAGCAGUGCCACCAUGGGGAGGAGCACCACCCCAAAGGCUCACCUGCCUCUGGGGCAGAGCAACAGCUGUGGCAGUGUGCUCCCUCACUCGCUGGCAACCAUGACCAAGGACUCAGAGUCCCGGAGGAUGCUCAGAGGCUAUAGUAACCAACAGAUGAGUGAAGGACAAAGGCAGAAACCCGAGUUUUACAGCCGCACAGCGUCGGAAUCGAAUGUCUACUUGAACAGUUUCCAUUACCCAGAUCACAGCUACAAGGACCAGGCCUAUGAUACGUUAAGCCUGGACAGCUCGGACAGCAUGGAGACCAGUAUCUCUGCCUGUUCACCAGACAAUAUCUCUAGUGCCAGCACGUCCAAUAUUGCCAGGAUAGAAGAAAUGGAGAGACUCCUGAAACAGGCUCACGCAGAGAAGACACGGCUACUGGAGUCCAGGGAACGGGAAAUGGAAGCCAAAAAACGGGCUCUGGAAGAAGAAAAACGACGCCGAGAAAUCCUGGAAAAGCGACUGCAAGAAGAAACCAGCCAAAGGCAGAAGUUAAUAGAAAAAGAAGUGAAAAUACGAGAGAAACAAAGGGCACAGGCUCGUCCUCUGACUCGCUACCUGCCAGUCCGGAAGGAAGACUUUGAUUUGCGGAGUCAUGUGGAGACUGCGGGCCACAAUAUUGACACCUGUUUUCAUGUGUCAAUCACAGAGAAGACCUGCCGAGGAUACCUCAUCAAAAUGGGUGGGAAAAUUAAAACGUGGAAAAAACGCUGGUUUGUUUUUGACCGGAAUAAGAGAACGUUUUCUUAUUAUGCAGACAAACAUGAGGCUAAAUUAAAAGGAGUGAUAUAUUUUCAAGCCAUCGAAGAAGUGUAUUAUGAUCACCUCAAGAAUGCUAAUAAGAGUCCUAACCCAUUACUUACCUUCAGUGUCAAGACGCAUGACAGAAUCUACUACAUGGUGGCCCCUUCCCCAGAGGCCAUGCGGAUCUGGAUGGAUGUUAUAGUGACAGGAGCAGAAGGAUACAGUCACUUCCUGUUGUAGUCCACUUCAGGGCAGGCGCAAUAGUCUCCUCCAAGAAUGAAGCCAUAUCCAGCCUUAGAUGAAAAGACCUGACAGACUCAUCG